AUGCCUCCUCAAAGAACCCCAUCUUACGAUCCUUACAGUAUCCUUGGGGUUAGCCCUAAUGCUACUGCCCGACAGAUCAAGAGCAGCUACCACAAACUUUCAUUGAAGUUUCACCCGGACAAAGCUGGCUCAUGGAGCCACGAUAAGUUCGUACAGAUUCAAGAAGCUUACGAGCUCUUGUUCAGCAAGGCUCAGAAGCUCGAGAAGCACUUGAAGGAGCAGGAGAGACGUCCUAAAGAGCCAAGUCUGCCAAAACAGAAAACAACUUCAGACAAGGGGAAGGGAAAGCAAACUGAGAGCCGCCCUAUACCUAAGCCUGCGCCGCGUCAGAAAAAGAAUGAAUCUGAGAAUAUUCCCCCUCCUAGGGACGAAGCACUAGUCAGAAUACGUGACCGAGCAACCAGGCGCCUCGACGCUGUCUCCAACCACUUAAGAGAGGCCGACGAGCAUCUUGAAUCCUUACGUCACGAGGUCGAGGCACAAACAGAUGACUCCAAGAUAGGGAUCUUGAACGCCAUACAACACGUCUCUAAAUUCAUUGACGAGAAGAAAUCGGAGGUGGCAGCAGCAUCGGAGCAGAUCAAGGGGGUUCCCGAUUCCGAAUGGAGAAAGAAGCCGGAGGUUCAGGAAGCCGUGGACGCCUUACCUCACCUAAGUCACAAAGUGAAUCUUCUUGCGGCCGGUGUUAAUACCAUUGAGCACGUGGUGGAGGAAUUCAAAAGUGUUGAAGACGAGAAGGAAAGGAAGCGGCUGUACCUAAUGCUAGCCAAGGUAAUCUCGACGUUGAAGUGA